UUCCUCAACAGCCGUAUGCAAUGAGAGCGGCCCCGUCAUCGUAGAGGAACCCGACAACCGCGUGGACUUCAGUAACUCGACCGGCGCCAACAUCCACUGCUCUGUUCGUGGCCACCCCAAGCCUUCUGUCGUGUGGGUUCGUGCUGAGGACGGUACUGCUAUCGGUGAUGUUCCUGGACUCCGCAGGGUUCUUGCUAAUGGCACUCUGAUGUUCCCACCUUUCCGUGCCAAGGAUUACCGCCAGGAAGUCCACGCCCAGGUGUACCGCUGCCAGGCCUCCAACACCCAUGGUUCCGUUCACUCCCGCGAUGUCCACGUGCGCGCAGUGGUGCCUCAGAGCUACGAGUGCGAGGUGAACAACGAGUACGUGAUCCGCGGCAACUCGGCCAUCCUCAAGUGUAACAUUCCCUCCUACGUGGCGGACUUCGUGAGCGUGCAGGCGUGGGUGGACGGCGAGGGCGGCGUGUACUACCCCUCCACCUCCUACGAUGGCAAAUACUUGGUGCUUCCCUCUGGCGAGCUGCACAUCCGCUCCGUUAGCUCCGAGGAUGGCUUCAAGAGCUACAAGUGCCGCACCGUUCACCGCCUCACCCAGGAGACCCGCCUUUCUGCCACUGCUGGACGUCUUGUUAUCUCCGAGCCUGUGGGUUUCUCAGCGCCCAAGUUCACGUGGGAGGAGCGAGUCAACACGCUUCUGACGGUUCUCAAGCCAGCGGCCUCUAGCGUCUCCCUCUUCUGCGAGGCCCAGGGUUACCCCGUCCCGGCUGUGCGAUGGUUCAAGUUUAAUGAGAAUGGACGCAAGGCUCCUGUGGAACUUGGUGAGAGGAUCAAGCAGGUUGGUGGAACCCUUAUCAUCCGUGAGGCCAAGGUGGAGGACUCUGGCAAGUACCUGUGCGUGGUGAACAACUCAGUAGGAGGUGAAAGUGUGGAGACUGUGCUGACAGUAACUGCCCCCUUAAGUGCUCAAGUGGAACCUAAGGUGCAAACUGUGGAAUUUGGAAGACCAGCUACCUUUACCUGUACUUACCGUGGCAACCCUGUGAAGUCUGUUUCAUGGCUGAAGGAUGGUGCACCCAUUGAACAUAAGGAGGCUGUUCUUCACAUCAACUCUGUGGGCCGUGAGGACAAGGGAAUGUACCAGUGCUUUGUGAGAAAUGACCAGGAGUCUGCCCAGGCCACUGCUGAACUCAAACUUGGAGGACGAUUUGAGCCACCCCAGUUGACCUACACCUUUGAGACAUCCACCCUGCAGCCUGGUCCCUCUGUUUACCUCAAGUGUGUGGCUGCCGGCAACCCAACCCCCGAGAUCACCUGGGAACUGGAUGGCACUCGCCUUUCCAACUCUGAGAGGAUGCAAGUUGGCCAGUAUGUGACUGUUAAUGGAGAAGUUGUGUCCCACCUCAAUAUCUCUGGAGUGCUUACCAAUGAUGGUGGCCAGUAUGCCUGUGUUGCCUCCUCCACAGUGGGUUCAGUCAAGCAUGCUGCCAGGCUUAAUGUUUAUGGACUCCCUUACAUCAGGCCCAUGGACAAGGUUGCAGUUGUUGCUGGAGAGAACAUGAUUGUUCACUGCCCUGUUGCUGGCUACCCUAUUGAUUCUAUUGUUUGGGAAAAGAAUGGCCGUAUGCUUCCAAUCAACCGCCGUCAACACCCUCACGACAAUGGCACCCUGCUCAUCAAGGCUGUGGAACGUAGCUCAGAUCAGGGCCGAUACACCUGUGUGGCACGCAACAGUCAGGGAUACACUGCUCGAGGAGACCUUGAUGUUCAAGUUAUGGUUCCCCCACAGAUCCACCCUUUUGUCUUUGGUGACCCUGGUGUAGGAUCAAAUUCUUUGAUCCAAUGCAUUGCCGUGGCUGGGGAUUCUCCCAUUGAUCUCACUUGGCAUAAGGAUGGUCGUCCCAUUACUCCUGCAAGGAUAGACUCCAGUCAACCUGACCUCUUGGCAUUCCCAAGGGAACACCAGGAGCAUGAGGAUCUUUGUGGCCCUCUCCCUGAGAGUGGCAGUGUGGCAUCUCGCCCUGGUGAUCAUGGUGGUAGUGCCAUGAAUUAUGAGGUCCAAACAGAUAGUGUGGAUCCUCUUGUGUCAGUACAAAAGUUGGGUGACCGUUUCUCACUGCUGAGCUUCACAUCUCUGUGCCCACGCCACUCUGGGAACUACACAUGUGUUGCUACCAACUCGGCGGGCAGUACUAUGUAUACUGAUGCUUUGAUUGUCCGGGUACCACCUCGCUGGAUUGUUGAGCCCACUGAUAAGGCUUUUGCUCUGGGAAGUGAUGCACGCCUUGAAUGCAAAGCUGAUGGCUUCCCCCGACCAUCUCUUGGAUGGAAGAAGGCUGCAGGAACCACACCUGGAGAUUACCGAGAUCUUGUUGUGAGCAACCCCAAUGUGAAGGUGACUGAUGAUGGCACACUUCAGAUCAUCAAUAUCCAGAAGUCCCAUGAAGGCUACUACCUGUGUGAGGCUAACAAUGGCAUUGGUGCUGGCCUGUCUACUGUCAUCUAUGUGCGCGUCCAAGCUCCUCCCCAGUUCAAGAUUCAGUACCGUAACCAGACUGCCAGCCGAGGAGAAGAUGCUGUGCUGGAGUGUGAGGCUGAGGGAGAGACACCCAUUGGCAUCCUGUGGAGCAAGAGCAAGCACAGCAUUGACCAGGCUAAGGAACCAAGAUACACCAUCCGUGAGGAGAUGCGUGGUGGCAGUGUUCACAGCAGCCUGAGCAUCAAGACAACUGAUCGGUCAGACUCUGCUGUGUAUACCUGUGUCGCAACUAAUGCUUUUGGAAGUGCUGACACUAACAUCAACCUUAUCAUUCAAGAACGCCCUGAACAGCCAAGCAGCCUGAAGGUUCUAGACAAGAGCGGCCGCUCUGUUGAGCUCUCAUGGACCCGCCCCUAUGAUGGAAACUCCCCCAUUACCCGAUACAUUGUGGAGUACAAACUCAGCCGACGUAACUGGGAGACUGAUGGCGAGCGCAUGAUGGUUCCUGGUGAGCAGAGCAUGGCUGCCGUACUUGACCUCCGACCUGCAACCACCUACCACCUCCGCAUUGUUGCCAGGAAUGAGAUUGGGGAUUCUGAGCCCUCUGACACUGUUACUAUUAUCACUGCUGAAGAAGCUCCUAGUGGCCCCCCUCGUGACCUCAAAGUAACUGCCGUGGAUCAGACUUCCCUGCGUGUCACCUGGAAGCCUCCCCUCAGAGAGGAAUGGAAUGGAGAUAUUCAGGGCUACCAAGUUGGCUACCGCCUGGCAUCUUCAAACAAUUCCUAUGUGUUUGAAACCGUUGAGUUCAGUAAGGAGAUGGGCAAGGAGCAUCACUUAGUUAUUUCCAAGCUCAAUGUGUACACCGAAUAUGCUGUUGUUGUUUCUGCUUUCAAUAAAAUUGGACAAGGACCUAAAACUGAGGAAUUCCUGGCUUACACUGCGGAAGGAACCCCCCAGCAGCCCCCACAGGAUGUCACCUGCACCACCCUUACUUCUCAGACUAUCCGUGUCUCCUGGUCCUCUCCUCCACUGGAAACUGUUCAGGGAGUCAUCAAGGGAUACAAGGUGUUCUAUGGACCCUCAGAUGUGUGGUAUGAUGAAGAGAGCAAGGAUAUCAAGAUCACUCCUUCCACUGAGACCCAUCUCCAUGGCCUUCAGAAGUACACCAACUACAGCCUCCAGGUUCUGGCUCACACUUCUGGUGGUGAGGGAGUUCGCUCACAGCCAAUUCACUGCCAGACUGAUCAGGAUAUUCCUGAGGCACCCACAUCCGUCAAGGCAUUAGUUAUGUCUGCAGACUCUAUCCUUGUGUCAUGGCUUCCUCCUGAGCGACCCAAUGGAAUCAUUACACAAUACACUGUUUACUAUAAGGAACAUGGCAAGAGUGACAGUGAGGCUACCCUGCAGAAACUGCUUCCAUCUCAGCUCAGCUACGAAGCUAGUGGACUUAAACGCCGUGAUGCUUAUGUGUUCUGGGUAACUGCUUCCACCACUGUUGGAGAAGGAGAGAUGUCUGAUCUUGUGCACCUUAAGCUGUCCAAUAAAGUACCUGCUAAGAUUGCAUCAUUUGAUGAAGAGUAUUUGGCUACCUACAAGGAAGAUGUGAAACUGCUGUGCCAGGUUGUAGGACUUCCAACUCCUGAUAUCAGGUGGACAGUUCAUGGUGAGCCCUUCACUCCCAAUGACCGCAUGCGCCUCCUCCCUGAGGGCUCCCUCCUGAUUCGUCAAGUGUCUCGUGAUGAUGCUGGUGAAUACACCUGCCAUGUGGAGAAUCCUUACGGCCAGGACACAAUCACACACAAGCUGCUCAUCCAGGCUCCUCCCCAUCCACCGGAAAUUACUCUCCAGUCAACAACCACAAACAGCAUUGAAGUAAAGCUGAAGCCCUCUGUGAUUGAUGACACCACCCCUAUUCAUGGCUACACCAUCUACUACAAACCAGAGUUUAGCAAUGAAGAGAGUGUUCAGGUGCCAGCCUCCACACGUACCUACACACUGGAGUCUUUGUGGUGUGGAUCUCAGUAUCAGAUUUAUGCUUCUGCCUACAACAAGAUUGGAACAGGUGAAUCCUCAGAAGUCCUGAACACCCGCACAAAAGGCAAGAAGCCAGAGGUUCCUGAAGUGCACCGCUUUGUUGAAGUUUCUUCCUCAUCCAUCACUCUGCACCUGAAUGCCUGGCAAGAUGGUGGCUGCCCCAUGAAUUACUUUGUGGUUGAAUACAAACCUAGGCACCAAACUGAAUGGAUAAUGGCUAGCAAUCAGGUAAAGCCAACUGGAAACUAUGCUAUCAUGGAGCUGACCCCAGCCACUUGGUACAACCUACGCAUCUCUGCCCACAACAAUGCUGGCUCCUCUGUGGCCGAAUAUGAAUGUGCAACUCUUACUGUGACUGGGGCCACGCUGCCACCAUCUGUCCCGGACAGUCACGUUUCCUGGCUGCCUGAUUGGUGGCCCAAGUGGCUGGAUCUCAAUGUCCUGGUGCCUGUUAUUGCCACCAUCGUCGUCAUCAUUGUGGGCAUUGUUGUCGUCUGUGUGGCCGUGACGCGGCGCAAGAAUGGCAUUGAAAACUUGAGACUGCGAGAGGAAGUGUACCAGCAGUACCAGUACAAUGCUAGCAUGCCUCCACCAUCUACCAUGGACAAGCGCCACCCAGGAUUCAGAGAGGAACUUGGCUACAUCCCCCCACCCAACCGCAAGCUGCCUCCUGUUCCCAACUCCCAGUACAACACCUGUGACCGCAUCAAGCGAGGUGGGGGGUCGGGUCGCAGGGAACAUGCCACCUGGGACCCAAGACGACCUAUGUACGAGGAACUCUCCCUCCAUCCUCCCCCUGGGCGGCGUAUUCCUCCUGGAGGACCUCUACCACCACAUAGCUCUCAGGACACCUUAAGAUCAGGUGGUGAUGAUGAGAUCUGUCCCUAUGCAACCUUCCAUCUUUUGGGUUUCCGUGAGGAAAUGGAUCCACAACAGGCUGGUAACAACUUCCAGACAUUCCCCUACCAGAAUGGCCAUGGCUCUCAACAGAACUUUGUGAAUUCCCCUGCUUCCCGAAGCAUGCCACGUCAUGGGUCUGGCAACUACUACAGCUGCGUUUCUGGCGACUAUAACUGUGGCCAUGCCCCGAACGAAGGCCACCAGCCUCGUCAUGGUUCUGGCAACUAUUAUUCCUGUGUGGCUGGAGAAUAUGGCUCAGGUGGUCCUCCUAGCAGCACUUACUAUUCAACUGUUCCUGGAGACAUGACAACCUCACGCAUGAGCAACAACUCUGCGUUUUCUCCAACUUAUGAUGAUCCUGCUCGUUCUGAUGAAGAAAGCGACCAGUAUGGAGGAUCAACCUACUCAGGUGGUGGCCCAUAUGCUCGUGCUAUUGACUCUGUGUCUCAGAGUGGCACUGCCAAGCGCUUAAAUGGUGCAGUGUUCCCUGGUACUGCUCCCAUUGGCUUCUAUUGGCCUCAGGGUAGCCAUCUUGGAUUUAUAAUGAACCGAGGUAGUACUUCUGGGAGCGCAGGCCAGGGAUCCCCUGAGCCUCCUCCUCCUCCCCCACCACGUAAUGGUGAUCUCCCCCUUGACUCCUCUGGCCUGGGGUCAUCUCUGAAUGACUCUAAUAACUCCACAGCCUCCAAUCAAUUCUCUGAGGCUGAGUGUGAUCAUGAUCUUGUUCAGCGCAACUAUGGAGAGAAACAUAAUGUUCAAGCCAAUCCAGUGAAGGCUACCAAGAGUACAGAGGAGAUGCGCAAGCUCCUGGACAAAAAUGAAGCAGCAGCCCACAUUCAAAAUGGAGGCCUAAGAAUGGUGAGCAAUGAGAUGAAUGUGUGAGGUCCUCUGUAUGCUGUUGAAGGAUCUCACUCACCCUGUGCCAUAUGAGGCAGCCUAUUUACCGCCCUUGUCAUGUACCCAUCAAUGAUAUUGAAUACCUACAUUGAACUCAGAUACUCAACACAUAUUUACAAUUAGAAAAAAUGUAAGAAGAGUUAUGAGAAGAGCCUGGACACCCUGUAUGUAACACUGCUCAAAUGAGAGCGCAAGAGAUCCUGCUUGUUGGUCUUCAAAUUAGUUCUAUACCAGUGUUAUAGAAAAUGAUGUAUUCAAGAGGAUCAACUAAAGGAGUCAUGGAUAUAUUCAUUAAACUGCAAAGAUGCUCUCUACAUGGCCAAGAAAUAUUGCAUGUCAUAGAAAAGUCAUGCCAUGACAGGACAAGAUUACUGCACAAGAUUAUGACAUAAGAAAUACUAGAUUGAAAAGCCACAUCUCAGCAAGAUUUACGUGUUCAUAGGGGUGAUCCAAGUCUUCUUCAAUGUAGUGUCACAACCCCUCCUCCCCCCGCCCCCGCUCAUGAGGUUAAUCUACCAUGGACUCCGAUGUUGUGCUCCCUCAGUACUAAUGCAAGCCAUCACUGAUUGACGUUUAUGCUUUGAGUGUUUCUUGCAGUGUUGUGUAUCACAUAACAGUAGCAGUAUUCCUUUUCUGCCCUGUGCUCUGAUUGCAAUCUGGAUAUGAAAGCAGUGCUUGUGUUGUAGUGCUUCUGCACAGAUAUAUUAAGGGCUCACCGUCAGUAAUGCAUUUCUUAUGCAGUAAGUCCCUACCUACCCCUAGCAGUUAAUGGAUCGUCUUCAUCGGCUAAUGGACCAUGUGUGCUAAGCGAUAGUAUGAGAUGAACUAAGUAUUGCUGUGUGAAUCAUCCAUGACGGUGCUACUUGGAAAAUGACUCUCGACUUGUUUGGUGUUCCGUGUACUUUGUGAUACGAACCAAGUCUAGUCAAGAGCGGGGGACAAAACUGUGACUGUCAGAACCUUCAUGACACAGAUGUAACCAGUACGCUCAGUUUCACUAUUUUUUACAAAUGUACCAGCAUCAACCCAAAUGGGAAAUGAGACAGAGAGAACAGCAGGAGAGGGAAAGCUACACGAGAGGUAAUGUUAGAGAAAUUGCAUUAAAGAUGGUAGUGUAUUACCAAUAUUUCCAGUCUAUAGAUGUCUGACCCAUAUUUUAUCAAUAUUUAAAAUGUAUGUAGAUUCUGCUGUUGCUUGCCUCAAAAUAAACUGAAUGUGAUUUGGGGAGAUGAUAGACGAACCUCGUUAAGCACCAGGUUUUGCUUUAUCAGCCCAGUGCCAUCUCUCUGUCUGCUCAUUCUCCCAUAGCGUUCCUAGGUGUCGCUUAAUCUCCUCAGCUUGCAAGACAAUAUGUGACUUCACCAGCAAUUUUAGAUUUUGCUUAGUGCUUUCAUAUGGCAGACUGUAUAAUUGCUAAAAUAAAAUUACUAUAGUGGAUGAAAUUGCUGGGAACUUCACUAUAUUCAUAUAUAAAUAUACAUAUAUAUUGUAUGGCAUCUUGAUAGGUUAUUCAUAAUUUGUAUAUUGAAUUCAUCAAUAUUAGAAGCAGAUGGCAAAUCCUCAUUGCCAAGUUUCUGUUUCUAAUUCAAGUUAUUUCCAUUGUCAACAUUUUUAAUGAAUUUAAGACAAACUGUUGAUGUGUAAGUGUGUGUGCAUUGCUUCUUAAUAGUGUAGAAUUGAAUGAAAGUGAUUAUGAUAAAUAAUAGAUAUUACUUGCAGAACAGUUGUACUUCUAUAAUUCAUAUUGGCAAACUUCUCAUGAAAGUGUCCAAGAAUAGCUGUAACUUAUAAGUCUGUUGAGCAGUGUUUUGGAGAUGAGACAUUUUCAGUCAUAUGUAAGUUUAAGUUUAUUUCCUAGACUUACAUCUCCACAGCUAUUAUUUUAUACAGAGAUAAAGUUACAAGGACUGUUGGCUUGAUUUUUUUUUCUUUCUUUCUUUUCUAAGUUAACCAUUUUAUAAAAUCUCAGUCAUCCAAAACAUGCUAACAUCUUCCAUAAGCUCAAGUGUAAUAAAUGUAGUCUCUUUUAAAUGUUGCCAGUGUAAGCUUUUCCUGCCCAUAGUUAAUUAAUUACUGGAUAAUUCGUUUGCAUUAGCCAUGGAGUUAUUGAGGAGAAUUAUUGCCAGACUUGUAGCAUGAUCGUGCUUUCUAUCUAUGCAUAUGUAUAAUUUUAUCCACUUUGAUCAGAAAACCUAAAUCCCCAAAUUUAUAAAAUGCUCAAAUUUUUGAGUAGAUAAAUGAAUGCUUUUUCUACUGCUUUUAGAUAGGAUAAAUUAAUGUUGAAAUCUCAGUAUUAGGCAAUAUAGACAUACAUGCAAGACACUCAAAGCACAUUUUCUUGGAUUUUAAUUCUACAGUAACAUUUUUUGUAUGUAUGUUAUUCAUUGUCUGUUAUUGAUUUGUUUAUACCAUUUUUAAACAUUAUAGAAUAUGUGUGAUUAAGCUUUAUAAUAGACAGUGAUUGUCAUUAUAUUUACCAGGGAGAGCAGGUGCUAAUGGGAGGGGGACACUGAUCUGCCAAAGCUUCAGGCUGUGAGUUCCACCUCUCCAGCUGAGAAGAGUAUGGAAUAUUUAUACAUUUCUUGUUAUUCUUUUAUUGCAAUCUGUUCAGGUGAUAAAAUGAUCUUUUAUGGAAUAUAUAUAUAUAUAUAUAUAUAUAUAUAUAUAUAUAUAUAUAUAUAUAUAUAUAUAUAUAUAUAUAUAUAUAUAUAUAUAUAUAUAUAUAUAUAUAUAUAUAGUGAUCUGAAAGAAGGAGAAAUGACACAAGACAUUAUGGUAUGCUAUUGCUGCAAGAAAAUACUGUAUGAAGGAUAACAAGAAAUAAUAGAACAAUGGCCACAGAGACACUGUACUUGCAAAACUUCUGAUGUUGUUAGGUUUCCAAAUCUGGCAGUUUUUAGGGGGAUAAACAUGUCCAGAUGAAGAAAUUAACAGAAGAAGGCUUCAUUUGCAGAACAUCUUUACUGAUUUAAGGAACUUAACUUUUUUCGGUAAAGAUUAGUCUCUCUCUCUCUAGAAUAUAACCUUCCAUGUAUGGUAAUGGUGACCAAGGUAGAGAAGUGGCUAUGAUGUCCCUCUGCCCAGUAGUUUUUCCUUUCCCUGUAGAUUAGAUUUACACAGCCAUGGUUUUCUUCAGUAAUGUCAAUGUAACCACACAUUUAUGGUUAUUGAUACUUAAACACUGAGAUUGUUAGAUGUUUGGUUAUCUUGUAGCAGGUAGGAAAACUUAAAGUAUUACCACUGCAUGAACUGUAACACAUUGACAUUAUAUAACCAAGUUUUCUAUGGUAAACAUAAUGCCCACCUGCUUCAUACAAUGGAGUGCUCUUAGUAGUCAAGCAGAGCAACGUGUGAAUCCUCCCUUAUCAAAGUUGAAAAGAAAUGAAAUCCAAGAAUGGUAGUGCAACAGAAAGUGGUUGUCUACAGAUAUUGCUUAGUCAAGUUCCUUUAUCCUGUGUUUUAUAUAGGAAUUAUUGGGCUUAACUUGGCAGCAUUAGACACUCAGUCCAUGAUUACAAUGGUUGUUUACCAUAGAGAAUCCACUAAAAACAUUCUCCAUGUAUUCUGACAGUUGUAUUGUUUGAUUAUAAGAAAUUGCAAGUGACCAAGAUUGAAAAUAGUAUUUAAAUCAUUGCUUGAAUUCACUGCAUUAUAUUGCACACCCUUUCAUGUGAUAAUGUGCAUUUAUACAUAUUUAUCAAUAUGCUGAAGUGAAAUAGUGAGGCCAUGAUUACAAGCAAUGGAACACUUAGUUUUCAUAUCUUGUGUAACUGAAGAUUUCAAGAUUCUGUUUCUUGUAUAGUUUUGUGGAUUUGUGUUUGCCUGUGUUACCAUGGGCUUUAAAUAUUAUAAUCUGCCUGAGGGAAGGAAGCUGAUAUGAGAGAAUCAUUAAAUGAAGUUGACAUUUACAAACAUGACAAUAUUACCCUAGAGUGUACUUCAUAUUGCUACCAAGUGACAUGGAACAUAUAUUUAUAUUUUCGGAGUUAAUUCAAUGCACCAAGUAUAGAAUAUUUACAGUUACACUGUGUUGGUAUAAACUUGCCAAAAUAAUGCAUUUAAUUACAGGAUUAAUGAAAUUUGACCGAGUUGCAAGACAAUGAAAAAUUGCACUGCAGUAAUAUUUAGUCACAUCAAUGAAUGGGUGCCCUGAGGAUGUUUUUAGUUGUGAUUAGUCAAGCAAUUUGUAUGGAUGAUGAUGUAAAAUGUCACUAAUGGCCAGAGUGUAGGUUAUAGAUAGUAACUUAAUGAGAUUAUUUAAUAACAUAGUCAUUUUGAAGAAAAUGUUUGCAAGACUUAGUAAUAAGGAGCUUCCCGAGGGCAGAUUGCAAGUGCUCUUGGACAGUUCUGGUGACUGACUGUAGCAUAACAAUGUUACUUAAAAUUUUAGUGUUACUAUGAUCAUGUAUUUAAGUACCAACUGACUUUUGAAGCUUAAAUUCAGAUACCAAGAACCUCUAAGUGCACUUGUAAUUUGUGUUGCGACAAGGGAAUUUGCGCCUUAUCUGGCAUAACUAAGGCUCAAUAUCGCUCGUCACUACACAUUUUCUACCAAAUAUAGUGUAAACAAUUAUGUAUGAUGAAAUAAACCAUGAGAAGUA